GCCCGCAAUGUUACGCGCAGAGCUCUGAUCUGCACUGUGGCGACUUCGGUCUUGGUGAGCGCUUCGAUCGGUGUCCAUCGCCGACUGGCUAUGAGGCGCACUGGAAGGUUUGGCGGGACGAACCUCUCUGGUGCGGAGUCCUCGAAGUUGCAUCAGGCCUGCCAAUGGCUCCGGAGCAAGAACUUUAUCAUCAACUUUAAUCCUAUCGAGUUCCAGGAUGCUGAGGUCAAAAAGACCAAGCUGGCCGCAGAGUCCCUUGACAAGGCCGGUCCAUGGACGACUUGCUAUGGUCUCAUUGAUGGCCAUGCUUUUCCAGAACGGCACCGUGGGAUCAACUGGCCCUGCGAUGUGGCUCCCGAGUGCAUGAGCACCAAGAGUUAA